AUUAAUGGAAAAAUUAAAUUUUUUAUUUAUGCCUCUUUUUAACUGGGGUAAGUUAAUAAAUGUUCACUACAGAAAAAUGUUACGAGCAAAUAAGCAACCAUGCCGAAUAGUGGGGUCCAGAAUAUGCUCAUUCACAGCCAUAUUUAUAUUUUUGCCAUCAUAACGGUUUUUGCAAGUAAAUUUGCUUGAAUUUAUUUCGCGGAACAAUCCUUUACUAUGGUUUAUUAAGUUAUUUGAAUAUGGAAGAAGUGUUUGCAAAUUUCCAUUGGAAAGAUAAAUAACAGAUCGACUGGGAUUGUAUUCCAAUAAAAGUACGAAAUAACUAAACAUGGCUUCGUUAAUAUUUCUGCGUAAUGGGUCAGGUGCUGUUCGAAUUUUAGGAUUUAAGCUUUAUUUCAAUAGAUUUAUCAUGUAUUUAUCAUAAUUUUUGUAAGAAAUAGCAAAGAAGCUGGUUUAGAACGUUUGAUUCAUUAGUCUGCUUUAAACGCUAGUUCCGAACCAAAUAGCUUUGUGUUUGAGGAUGGCAGCAAAUUUUGAAGAGCAAAUGCUAAGGUGAAUGUAUGUGCUGUUCGCGAUGAAUUCCCAGAGGCCGGCUGAUAUCUAUGGUUCGGAAGAUCGUUUCCUACGAUACUACUCACUCUGGUUUGCGGGCAACCGUACUGUACAACAGAAGGCUUUUUUUUUCGGAUGUUGCACAAGCUAUUGUCAACUGCGCUAAGGAUCCCGAUACUGCUGGUCAGGUUUAUCAAGAUGUUGGUCCAAAACGUUACCUGUUGAGCGCAUUAAUUGACUGGUUCCAUCGUGUUAUGCGCAAAGAUGACAAAUGGUGGGGACACCGUCGUUAAGACAUGCGUUGCCAUCCUACCAUCCUAUUGAAAGCCAAGUUCACUGAGCUUAUCUGUCCUGGACAACCUAUUGGUGAGCUACAUAUGGAACGUAUCGAUCGCGAAUGUAGUACCGAUGACGUUUGGAUUUACAAUUGACCUCCAUGGAAGAGCAGGUACCAUGGAAAUUGCAACAAUAUUGUGCUGAGCAAUAUUAUGAUGCCGGAUUGAGAGAGUGGGAGGAACCAGCUCCACCAAAACCGAUAGAACAUGGAAGUACUACGUAUGUUUGCAUAAACCUACUAUAAUGACAACAACGCUAACAACAGCCAAGCAAAUAAUAAUCAACACUCAUUAAAUGAAAGUUGGUGGCGUUGGUGACCAAGCAGCGAUUUAAAAAGAAAAAUUUUAAUUUACGCGAAUUACAAUUCAACGAUGUGGAACUUGAUAAUAAAAUUAAACAAAAAAAAUGUAAUUUGGUUAAUAA